GACACCGAGUAUACGCGCGUGUGUAUGUAUGUAUGUAUGUAUGCAUUUAUGUGUGUAUGUUGGUCGAGAAACUUUCUGUACCACAACAAAAUUCGAAAAGAAUCGAUCAGUCGCACUAAGGAAUCACCGUAUUAAUCGCGUCAGAAUGAACGACAAAGACGACAGCGCUUGGGUAUUUGAUUCCCUGAUCGGUUUUCUUCAGGGUCCUAUUUGGUCCGCGCCUCUGAUCACCUUUAUCGAAGAGAAGUCGCUCAUAUUCGAAGCGGACGUUGAGGACAACGACGAGUAUCAAAAGAUAUAUCAAGAGUACAAAAAUCUGGUGGACUUAUUGCUUGGCUGUUUCAUGGAAGACAUGGGAAUCACUCCGGAGCAGUUCGAGCACGCUUGUACCGUGAACAAGUAUACAAAAAUGCCUAUACAAUUUCAACAGAACUUGUUCGAGCAGAUAUGGGCGGCGAAUGAGUAUGAGAUAUUCAAGAGGAUGAUGAUACAAAAGAACCUGGAGCUUCAGUUGCAAGCAUUGAAUAUGAUAGAGCAGAAGUAUGGUCUUACACCUGCUUCAUUAAUGUACGAAGCAGACGUAUUGACGAAUGAUCCUUUGGUCAUGGAAGAGAUCAUUCAGAAGCAUGUACUGGAAAAUGAAGAACAGGAUGUAUCGGCGGAAACUUCAUUAAUCAAGGAACAUGAACGCCUGGCGGCUAAAUACAAUAACGAGAGAGCAUUGUUAGAAGAAGCUCUAAAAGCUUCACGAGAUGAAAAAACACCUGAAACAGAAACACCAUCUUCUUCACAAGACGAAGAAAAAGAAGAAGUAAAAGCAGGAAUAGGAAUCAUUGAAGAAGAAAAGGAGGAGAAAGAAAAGGAAGAAGAGAUUAAAGAUGUUCCCAAGUGUUCUAAAGUGGUUUCUUUUGAUCCUCUACCCACAGAUGAAUCAGAUGAAAAAUCAGAGGAACCAAACGUAUCAGAGGAGGAUAUGAAGAAGAGGCAGGCUUAUUUAAAAGCUAGACGCGAUAAAUUGGUCGCCCUUAAGAAGGAGGCGAGAAGCCAACGAUUAGAAAUGAAUUCAACACGGCCAAGUUCCGCGAGGACAGUGGCAGAAGCGACUAUCAAAGGGGAGCAAGAACUAAAAUUACCAGAACCUCUAGAGCCAUCCAUAGUGCAAGUACGCAAAGCACUUGCGGCCCGCCUUCAAGCGGAGGUGGUGCGUAAGCAAACGUACUAA